UAAGGCUGAUAAAAUAAAAAAUCUUUUCUGUUUGACUUCACCGGCGUGUGUUGUGAUUGGACGAGAGGCAGGCGUCAAACGUCAACGCCGAGUGGGCGGGGCGUAGAGGAGUUUUGAACAUGGCGGAUAAAGAUAAGAAAAAGAAGGAGAGUAUUUUUGAUUUGUCGAAAUACAUCGACAAACAUAUAAGAGUAAAGUUCCAAGGAGGUCGUGAAGCAAGUGGUGUCUUAAAAGGCUUCGACCCGCUGUUGAAUCUUGUGUUGGAUGGCACCAUUGAAUACAUGCGAGAUCCGGAUGACCAGUACAAGCUGACCGAAGACACUAGACAGCUCGGUCUGGUGGUUUGUCGAGGGACGUCCGUCGUGCUUAUCUGUCCACAGGACGGGAUGGAGGCCAUUCCAAACCCUUUCAUUCAACAGCAGGAUGGAUAAUAUUCAGAUUUUUUUUUUUUUUUUUUUUUUUUUGCAUUUUGCAUUUUGUAGAUGUCUGGUAAAAAAAAAAAAAAACCGGAUAGUUUUUGUUAGGUCUGAAAUCAUGAAAAAUGUAACAUUUUGUAUUUAGAAUCAGGAUAAAUGUGUUUUGGUUGGUUUUGUUUCUGUUUAUGAAACUCAUGUUUUUUUUGUAUGUGUGUGUGUGUGUUAAUGGUUUUGAAUUAUAAGGCAUGUUUUCUGUUCAUGAAAAUAGGUGCGUAAUACUGCCCUGGUUCUUUCAGUGUUGUUUUGCUACUGACGUUCAUUUGGACCAUAAUAAACAAAGACUGUGCCUGUACCUCAAAGGGUGGAUCCCACAGCUUUACCUAUCCAGAAAGCUUUUGUACACACACACAUUGUCAGCAAGCUUUCACGGAACAUCAUUUGUAUAAUAUUUUGAAGGCCUUCGGUUUCAAGACGCCUUGAGAAAACAUUCUUGUUUGCUUUUGUGGUGUCCUCUACUCUGUUUUACAUUUACCAAACUAAUUCCUUAGAUUAAAGACUCAGUCAUGGACCCUUC